AAACUCACUUCGUUGUUUCACCUGUUUUCAUCGUGAAGGGGUUCGCGUUCAGAAAAAUUAAUCAUGGUGUCUCUGGAAACUGUCGCGAGUAUAGUUAUAAAAAUUUUGAAAUUGGUCAUUAAUCUCAUAAUCCUGAUCCUGUACCGAACUGGAUAUAAGGAUGGAGAAUUUCUGGGUGUUGGAGGAACGUGGAACUUAAAUGAAGAUAAAAAUCCGGAUGCAGAAAUUGUUGCAUCCGGAGUUCUUGUGGGUUUCUUCAUAUACACCAGUGUUGUUCUCAUCACCUACUGUUUUGGAAGCACAAAUCACAAGAAGACUCUUGUUGAAAUUCUAAUGAACUUUGUUGGAACCUUCAUGUUCGUUGCUGUGGGUGGCACAGCACUUCAUUAUUGGAACGGUUAUCAAUCAGAAAAUAAAUUUGAUACGAUUGUUCAAGAACGACAGGUGGGUUUAGCAGUUGGAUCACUAUGCGUUAUCGAAGGUUCCGCCUAUUUAGUGGAUUUAAUACUAAGUUUGCUACAUUUUGCAAAAAAUCGCGAUGAAUUAUUCGAAUGAAUUCAAAUUUCUCUCUGUGUGCGAUAGGUAAAGCUGUUACCUUGCAUUUAUAUCGUAAGGAAUUAAUAAUCAGAAUCUUCGUUACUGUAAAUUUUUAACAUUCAUCAUGUACUAAAUUUCUGCAGGAAAUAUUGUAUUAUUCAAGACGUUCAUUUUUAAUGAAAAAUUCACAAAUAUAGUAGAUCGACGUGUUAAUCAUA